CGCGCGCUGGAGAGAGAGACGGGCAGCCAGCUAGCCCGCGAGCUUCGCGCCUGCGCGGAACUGUUCGCCUGCCCAGUCUCUCCCUUCAGCUGCUCUCUGCCCCCCCCGCCUCCCUCUGUUUGGGGCCGCAGCAGCAGCAGCAAUAAGCCCGAGUCCGGGGCUGAGAAGCGGCCCCGCCACGCCAGGUGUUCGCGACGGAGCGGCUGCGCGGCCACGGAACCCCCGGCCUGGCCAUGGUGCUCCUGAGGGCCUCUCGUCCUGCCCGGUCCCCCGAGUGACGGAACUGCCCCUGCCGCCGGAGGAGGAGGAGGAAGAAACGGAGCCGGGAGCACGACAACCCCGCCAGCGCCAGUCGAUCUGAAGGACCCACAACUCUGAGGACAUGAUGAUCGUAGUGACUGGAGUCAUGUCUGUGCCUGAGCUGGGCUCCCCAGCCAGCACUCCUGCUGCAGCCCCCAACUUAUCCUGGAUGUCUGAGGUUGGCACUCCCACUGCUGUGGAGCAACCAGUAUUCCUAAUGACUACAGCUGCCCAGGCCAUCUCAGGUUUCUUCGUGUGGACUGCUUUGCUUAUUACUUGCCAUCAGAUCUAUAUGCACCUUCGUUGCUACAGUUGCCCCAAUGAGCAACGCUAUAUUGUCCGGAUCCUCUUCAUUGUGCCCAUUUAUGCUGUCGACUCAUGGCUCAGCCUCCUUUUCUUCACCAAUGACCAGUACUAUGUUUACUUUGGCACAGUGCGGGAUUGCUAUGAAGCUUUUGUAAUCUAUAACUUCCUUAGCCUCUGCUAUGAGUACCUUGGCGGAGAGAGCUCCAUCAUGUCUGAGAUUAGAGGGAAGUCCAUUGAGUCCAGCUGUAUGUAUGGAACCUGUUGCUUAUGGGGAAAGACGUAUUCCAUUGGAUUUCUGAGAUUUUGUAAGCAGGCCACUCUGCAGUUCUGUGUGGUAAAACCCCUCAUGGCAAUUAUUACAGUCAUCCUCCAGGCAUUUGGCAAGUACCAGGAUGGGGACUUUGAUGUCACCAAUGGGUAUCUCUAUGUGACGAUAAUUUACAAUAUUUCUGUCAGCCUGGCCCUCUAUGCCCUCUUCCUCUUUUACUUUGCCACACGUGAACUUCUCAGUCCCUACAGCCCUGUCCUGAAAUUCUUCAUGGUCAAGUCUGUCAUUUUCCUGUCAUUCUGGCAAGGGAUGCUGUUGGCCAUUCUGGAGAGGUGUGGUGCAAUCCCAAAGAUCAACUCAGCCAAUGUAUCUGUGGGUAAGGGGACCGUGGCUGCUGGCUACCAGGAUUUCAUCAUCUGCGUGGAAAUGUUCUUUGCAGCCAUUGCUCUGCGCCAUGCGUUCACAUACAAGGUCUAUGCAGACAAGCGUCUUGAUGCGCAAGCUGUUCCAUCAUAUGGGCCAUAUGGCCGCUGUGCCCCUAUGAAGAGCAUCUCUAGCAGCCUUAAGGAGACCAUGAACCCCCAUGACAUUGUGCAGGAUGCCAUCCACAAUUUCUCCCCUGCCUACCAGCAGUACACUCAGCAGUCAACCCUAGAACAUGGACCACCUUGGCGUAAUGGCAGUCACACGAUCUCACACUCCCACAGCAGCUCUGGUGCUCGUGACAAUGAGAAGACCCUACUCCUGAGCUCAGAUGAUGAGUUCUAAGCAGAUGAUGAAGCAUGGCCCAGCCUGGAACUUUCCCUUUAUUUAUUGAACCAGAAACACAGGUCAUAUCCCUUUUUUAAUAUGGUGCUCAAGUCAGGAAUGGGCACUUCUUGUUGCCAAUUGUGAGCAUGGACCAUUGUGACUAAUGCAGGUGGUUUGGACUGUCUUUUCCUAGUUUCUUCUUGAAAGGAGCAGAUUUCACUUAAUAAGGAACACUAAAUUCACCUGGCAUAGAAUACAACAAAGAUCUGGGACCACGCUUUCUGUAUGCUGGGUUUCUGCUGUUGUUAAUGGGGAAGGCAGAUGGAAGAAGGGUCAGACAAGGAAAGCUUGAAAAAAUGAGGCUGUAUCUUUACCCAUUUACCUAAGUUGUCUCGAAUAUGGCUGGCUGAAAGUAGCAAAAACAACCCCCCGCAACUGCACUACUAAAAUGCACUUCUAGACACCUGUUAGACCUAAUUUGGUAUAUAGGUUGAACCCUGUCUCUAACUGUUGCCCCAGUAUUAACUUUUGACCAACUUUUGGCUUGUGACCAGAAUUCCCUUAGGCACAGUAUAUUCCAUAGUAAUACAGUCACAUUUAUGUUCUGCCUCUGCUAAUAGGAUUUGCCCCAUCUUUGGAAACAUUUUUGCUAGAAGCUAAUGCUCACCGUUCAGAGAGUCACACACAAUUCUUCAGGACAUAGGAUAAGGAUGUACAUUCCAGUCAGGUUGUUGAGUCAAGCUGCACAUCCUCAUCCAUUGUGGGUGGGGGACCACACUGGCUGAUUCUCGAGUGGGCGCUUGGGAACCACCUGUUGGGUGAUGUCUAGUUGCACUCACUUAAGAGGCAGAACACAUCAUUCUUUUCAUUCUCUUUUGUAACUUCUCUUGUGGAGGAGUAGUUCUGCAACUCCUAAUACUAAAAUGUCUUUAUCACAUCUAUCCUCCUCCUCAGGCAUUUACAUCCUGGUGUGUUUUAAAAUUCCAGAACAUGUGUUGUAAAUUACCAAUUCUUCUUGCUGUCAUCAAUAUUUUACUUUUGUUAAUAGUUAAUUUUUAAGUGCCAGUGGGAUAGAGCUUGCCUGGGAUGGUGAGCAUUCCACCUUCUCUUCCCUUGCUUUUGUACCGGACUGGCUGCAGUUUCGCCAGCAGAUGUAAACAUAUCUGUGAUGCGCAUUUGUUACCUUGCCAUUACAUUCCCUUCAGUCCACGUGAUUUAAAAAAUGCAUUGGUUUUCCAUUAACCUCUCUAGGCCUGGCCUGUACUUGCACAAGUUCACUAAGUGAGAAUCACAAGGCCCCUUUUACAAGCUAAAAAAGCCUAUCAGUCACUGAAUUUACCAGACACCUUGGUUUGCUUGAUGAUUUAAAGCUGGAAAGGGCAAUAGAAUUAAUUGCAGUGUGUUGUACUUCUCUGCUGCCGUUGUGGUUAAUUGUGCCUGCAUUAAUACUGCCCGCAAAAAAAGGGGAAUAACAUUAGACUUCUUCCUUUCCUGACACCUCUCUCGAUUCCUCUUCCCCAUUCACUACCAGUAAGGCUUGUUCUGGUCUACGCUGCUAUAUGUGUCUCUCCCACAGCUUGCUGUGGUUAAUGGACACCUGCUCUUUUACGGUGAUUUUAACCCCUCCUGUGAAGAGUCUUGAAAUGAGGAUCUCUGGGGUUUGACUCUUUUGUUCCUUUUCUCUGUGCCUUAAUAUUCUCUCUCACCCAUGCAUCACAUCGUAGUUAAUGCAGAGCUCAAGGACAGCAGCAGCAUCCUUCAUCCAAGCUGUGCUUGGUUAGACAAGAGUGUUUGUGUGGGGCUAGGCAGGUUUUCUGAAACUUGUGGUUACUCUUCUUGGAGGAAGAGGGACGGUUGUGCUGCUGCGGUUUGCACUCUCACACUGUAUGUUCCAGAAGAAACCGGACAGGAGGUGGGAUGCUGGAACACAACAGCUCCAUUCAUAUCCCCUGCUUGAAAUAGCCUGAGGGACUGAUGAAGGAAGUAGAAGAGAAGAUAUUUAAAAGCAACGUGUUUCUGUAAAUAAAAAAACCAUCCCUCUCUUUGCAGUUAGACGUGUGCAAUAUAUUCUUGUGGGUUGGCUUUUAAAAUCCUGUUGCUGCUUUAAAAGGAACCCUCAGACCCACAUAGCUGUUCUUUGUAACUGGCACUCCAAUUACUAAGCCGUAGCAGUGAGUUGUGCCACCGUAGCUGAAGCAUGCUCGUAAGCCCUCGUUCUGACCCUCUUUUGAGCUAGAUGUAGCCAGUUGUUGAGCUGCUGUGCGCCGCCUUUUCAGAACUGGAACAGGAGAGGGCUCUGGUUCCUCCCCUUUCCAGUGCAGCACAAACACACUUUCACAGUGAUGCAGCUCUUAUUUCAAAAAGACUAAUGGGCUGCUCUUGUUCCAGCUGUGGAUUUGGCGUCAGGUCCCUGCACCAGAAAAUAGUUGUCCCUUUGUGCCUGCAGUAGGGCUUCUUCAUCCAGAAGUAUGACAUACCUCCUCAUGAAACAGAAUGGAUUUCAAAGAGCCCUUUGAAAUGACCUUUUACCCUUUUUUAUUUUGUUGUUUUUUACUUCUAAUUUUGGAGAAGGAGAUAAUAGUUUACUCUUGCCUGUUUUUAUGGGACUCAUUUACUUCCCAACUCUCCAACCACUUCCAACACACAUUUACACAUAUUUGUAACGAAUCUUCACGGCCAGUUCCCUUUUUCUAUGGGUUGGGUGAAGGAUGUGGCUGAAGUCUGUGCUGCUGACUUGCCGGUAUUUCCGUGUUGGGAAAAAUUCUAUAUUUUUAAAAAAUAAUUUUUAACAUAAGCUAUAUAUAAAUACAUAUUGUACAUAGAAGCUGGUUAUUCUUGGAGCUUCUUAUGAGUAGCAGUUUCAAGUAGCUAUGUACAAGGUCCAGUAAUAGCAAAAGGUCUCAGGCUAUGUGGCUUUUUUCAAAGUGGAGACAUGGAAAGGCAUCAGUGCUAAGCUGUUAAUAAAGGGAAGGUGUUUUUGCUCUCCCACAAGACUGGAAAGUGAUAGGCCCAAAAGACUUGACCCUCAGUGCAGCAGUGAUCCUGCAUUCCCAUCAGGGCAGGGGUAGCCAACAUCACCCCCUCCAGAUGUUGCUGGACUACAGCUCCAGCCAGCAUGGCCAAUGGUCAAGGAUGAUUGAGAGUCCAGCAACAUCUUUUGGGGGGACAGUAGCAGUUGGCAGAGUGAGGCUGUGCUACUUACCUGACCUAUUUACUGGGAGGGGGAAGGACGAGGCAGCAGUGAGGUCAGCACAGUGCAAACACACCAGCAGAGACAAUCUGCUGCUUCUGCUGGUGCAUUUGCACCAUGCUGAUCUUGUUGCUGCCUUAUCCCUCCUGCUGCCUCCCAAUAAACUGCAGCUACUCAAAAGCUGGCAGGUCAGGGUAGCCCUACAACACCAACUACUGCUCCUGGAAGCUGCUGUGUUGGGUAGGCCCUUGAUUAGGGAUUCUUAGAGGCUAAUCAUUUAAUAUGCAUUCAUAUACAUCAACCCCACCAGAAUACUCUAAGCGCUGCUCCCUUCCUUGCCUUCUCUUUCCUCCCCCAACCUUGUUUUUUUUACCAAGUAACAUACCCUCUGGAAUUUUGUUUUUACUAUUUUUCCAUGUAGCUUAGUUAUUUGUAUAUAAAUGACUGGGGAAAUAUACGCUGUAUGAUAAGACAGAGUUACCUAGUUUUGUACCUAUUGUGUAAUAACUGAUGUGAGCUCAGAGACAAGAUAUCGUCUCUAUUUUGAUCUUUGUGAUGUUAUACUGCUCUGCGGAAAAAAGCAAAUACGACAAAUAAAAAUAUAGAGAUAAUCUAGAUUGUA